AUGCAGCGGCAUUUGACGUGGAUCUUGAUCUUGCUGGGACUCCCGGCCUGGAUGCGGAUGUCUACUUCAGCCGCCACCUCUUCGCUGCGCGUGGCGCUGCUCACGGACGUGGAGGGCAAUUGGGACUACGUGCGCAACGUGGCGCGGCAGUCGUCGUGUCUGCAGCUGACGACCAGCGGCCAGGACGAGACGCUGGAGCUGAAAGACGACUGCCUCUUGGUGUUCGGAGGCGACGCGGGGGAUAAAGGAGACCACACACUCAAGUGCUACGAGCAGCUCGUGAGGCUUAAAAAGCGUCAUCCGGAGCGCGUCGUGCUGCUCGUGGGCAACCGCGACGUGAACAAGAUGCGGCUCACGUCGGAGCUCCACGACUCGGAGAUGGACCUGCAAUCUAUGGCCAAAGAAAUUCUGGAGGGCCCGACGUGGGUGCCCAAGGACAAGCGUUUUACGUUGAAGAAGUUUCUGGGUGGUCAGUUGGAGAAAGGAGAUGAGGAGGCUGGUGACGACGAACUGGAAGCGGUGAACUCCAAGGUGAACAGGCUGAAAUGGAUGUUGGAGCACACCAUGGGGGCGCAGGGGGACUUCGAGCGCCGACGGGCUGAAUUGAGCUUGCGUCAAGCAGUUGGAGACCGGAACGAGGUGACAGACGACGCCGUCGUGAAGUCUUAUAUGGACAGUGUGGAAGAAGGAGGGGUGUUGCGGGAUUACUUGCUACAUGGCAGCUUGGCUUUCGUGACGCACCAGACGCUGUUUGUGCACGGAGGUAUCAUCAAUGGCGACGGACCCGCCGGUUUGUCGGCACUUGGGCGUGUGCCGGACCAACCGUCGAAGCGAUUUGAAUCGGUUUCUGAGUGGGUUGACAAAUUGAACGCCUGGUACCGGAGUCAAGUUCGAGAGUGGAUUGAACACCCGACGUGGAAUGAAGAUCGCGCUACACGUGGCGGGAAUGAACUCCUCAAAUAUGUGUUGCCAGAUUACACGGGGAGUGUUGUCAUGGGGCGCCACCUUCUGCCAUCGGGUAUGCCAACGCCAGUGCCGGAGGAAAUUGCGUCCUUGUUAUCUGAAAGUGGCAUCCGACGAGUGAUCAUCGGACAUACACCUCACGGCAAUUGUCCGACCGUUGUCAGACAGCAUCAGCAACAAGAAGGAACCUGCGCUACUGAUCGCAAUAGCAAUGCAGUGACAUUUGAAGACGUGAUCAUGUGCGAUACAAGCUACAGUGAUGCCCGUGCGCCUGACAACCGAGGCAAUGCUGCGUCUGAGCUGGUGGUGGAGCCCUCUGGGCGUGUCCUUGUGAACGGCCUGCUUGAAGAUGGUCGACGUAUUUCGUAUGAUGCCCAAGAGGAUCCGUGGGUGGGUCGAUGGCUUAACGACGGCGACAUGGUGAAAGCUCGGGUUGUCGAUGACGAUUUUAGCGGAGAGGACAUAUACUACCUGGUAUUUCGCGUGGAAAACGGCUACUCGUACACCUACCACUACCGCAAAAUCGCAGAACUGCGUGAAAUUGGCACGAAAGAUUCAGUGAGUUCCCAAGCAGUUUUUUUGGAUCCGCAAAAAUAG